AUGGACGUGACCAAAGCCCGCUCCCAGUACCCCAUCCUGACUGGCCCCGAGCCCUUCGUACCCAAGAACGUCGUUAGCAGGGUCGUGGACUACUUGCUGAACACGAACGUCCAAAUGGGAGCGGAUUAUCCAGUGUCGCAGGUUGCGACGCGUCGGGUCAUGGUGGAAGGCCCGACCGCAGCCAAGAUCCUCUUCAACGCGGAUAGCGCAGACGAGAUAGUCCUCGGUCAGAGCUCGACCCUGAACAUCGAGAACCUCGCACAUGGCCUUUCAACCGACGUGAAGACCGGAGAUGAGAUCAUCAUCACGGGCGAACACGAAGCCAACGGCGGGCCCUGGAAGCACCUCGCCGCCCGCACCGGCGCUACGCUCAAGACCUGGCCCCAUCGCCAAGUCGACCCCGCCAACCCCUACGCCCUCGCGCUCGUCAUCGACGACCUCCUACCCCUCAUCACCUCCAAGACGCGCUUAAUCGCCUUCACCGCGACGUCAAACAUCCUCGGGAGCGUCGUCCCCGUGGCCGACGUCGUGCGCGCCAUCAGAGCGAAGGCGGCGGAGGUAGGCGCGGCGAAGGUGGAGGUGUGCGUGGACGCGGUGGCGUACGCGCCGCACAAGAGGAUCGACGUGAAGGCGUGGGACGUGGAUUACUGCGUGUUUUCGGCGUACAAGGUGUACAGCGCGCAUGUGUCGGCGCUGUACGUGCGGAAGGCUGCGUUGAGUGGCUCUGUGUCGUCGGUGGUGCACCACUUCCUGAAUGUCCCGGAGGUCGCCUACAAGCUCAUGCCCGGUGGUCCCGGCUACGAGGCCGUCUACGCCCUCACGGGCAUCAUCCCCUACCUCCUCUCGCUCACCCUGGAGGGCGAGAAGCUUCUCGGGGAGACCAGCCUGUUGCAUGAUCCCGGCGCGGACAGCAUGCCCCUCCUCACCAACCCCUCCAUGCCCGCCGUCCUCGACGGCGUCUGGUCCGCCAUCGCCGCGCAUGAGCUCACACUCAUGGCACCGCUGCUCUCCUUCCUGACCCACCCCGACCAGUGGGCGCGCGGCGUACGCAUCGCUGGUGAUGGGGGCGCAUUCCUUGACGGAGGAAACAACGCAGUGAGCGCGCCCUUCCAGAACCACGUCGCCGGCCGCGCGCCGACGGUGAGCUUCGUGAUGGUGGAGAGCAGCAAUGGGAAGCCGCGGCUGAGGAGCAAGGAGAUCGUCGAGUACUUUGAUAAGAGGGGGAAGAUCGGUAUUCGGUAUGGCCAUUUCUACGCGUACACGCUCGUGAGCCAGCUGUCGCCCCUCAAGGACCCGGCAGACGGCGUCGUCCGCAUAUCGCUUGUGCACUACAAUACGGUCGAAGAGGUCGAGCGCAUCAUCGAGGGACUGAAGGAGGUCCUUGCAUAG